ACACAGCAUGGACGCAGAGCUGUUACGGGUGUUAAAAGUGACGUUGCUGACCGUCGGUCUGGCCCAGAUAUGUGGCGCGCAGGCCGGCUUCACUGCGUCUGUGUUCACCCUCACGUCUAAAAGUGUAACUAUGAGAUGGAGCAGACUAACAGUUGCCAGUUCCUUCAAAAUCACCGCUACGCCGAAGAAUUUGCACACUCAGCCGGUCUUUGCGCAGUUUAGCGGCAACACCGUGAUCGGUUCCGUUAGCUCUCUCUCUCCAAACACAUGGUACACUAUGCGUGUUGAGGCCAUGGACAACACGGGUAACGUGCUUAGCAGUGCGGAAAAAGACGCCCUAACAGCUCCUGACAUCCCGGACAUCACCCAGACUUACUCCAAACGCAGUGACAGCAUCACCGUGGAAUUCAGAAAUGUUUCAGGAGCAACCAGUUACAUCCUGCGUGCGGAGAAUGAUGCGGGAUUCUUCUCCGAAACCGUAGUCCAGAAUUCCCCGGGCACUGUGCAGAACUUAAGCUCCUACACAGACUACAAGCUCAGCGUCAUGUCGGUUAACAGUGGCGGUAGAAGCCAGCCCUCCUACCUCGUCAGUGCCAAGACUGUGGUAUUAGGUCCUGAGCUGCAUUCAGUGUCUCCCUCAAACGACACCAUCGAGGUCAGUUGGGUUCCAGUGGACCAUGCGGUUCUGUACACACUCUGUAUCAUCAUGGUUGGGUCCAACGAUAUCCUCAAAUUCAACACGUCCCAGACCAACAUGACGUUUAACAACCUACAGUCUGGGGCCACCUAUUCCAUCAAGGCUACAGCAUGGGAUGCCAGUGGUAUCCCUGGUGAUGAUGUUACCAUCUACCAGAUCACACGUCCCCCCACACCGGUAGGUGUGCAGGUGUUCCUGGACCCAAUGAGGUUAAUGGGGAACGGUUUAGCAGUGACCUGGCAGCUGGUGAAAGGGGCCGACUUGUACUACGCCUGGAGCUCCACUGGACAGAACUGUAGCGCAGCUACAGAGUUAAUGUGCAUCAUCAGUCCAGUUAUCUGCAGCCAGAAACACCUGGUCAAUGUCACAGCUGAGAACAAGGCUGGACCCAGCAAUCCAUCUGACUCUCAGGCUCUCGUUACCUACCCCUGCUCUCCUGAGUCUGUGAAUAUGACGGAGCAUGCUGUGGAGAACUGUUCAGUGACAUGGACCCCUGUAGCAUGGGCGGACUACUAUCUCACCUACAUCAAACGGGAUGAUGGAGCAGAGAUCCUGUGCAACACCACCUCCACCACCUGCUACUUCAGCUGCCCGUGCAGCUCCAACUUCCUCAUCUCUGUGUUCGCAAACAACCAGAAUGGACCGAGUCCUCCAGGACUGACACUCAACUACACUACGGUUCCCUGCUGUCCGGAGAGCGUUUCACUCGCUCUCAUUUCUGUGGACACGUUGGAGAUCACGUGGUCUGCAGUGAAGGGGGCGGAGCUAUACGAGACGCGGGCAGAGACUGGCACGGGCACUGUGCACUGCAGUGACACGAUGCCACUCUGUGUCCUGUCUGAUCUCACGUGCAACAGUUUGUACAGUGUGGUGAUCAGACCCUGCAGUGAGAUCAGUGGCUGCAACUACAGCUGCUCAGCUCACACACAAGAGACAGCCCCAUGUAUGCCAGAGGUCCUCAGCCUCACUCAGGUGAACUCCUCGUCCAUUCACGUGUUGUGGAGUGCUGCCAACAGAUAUGCCAACUACACGGCAGUCGCCACGGGAAACGCUGGCACCCUCAGCUGCAGGUCCAGUAACACUUCCUGUGACAUCACCAGCCUGCCUUGUGGAGCCACAUAUCAGGUCAGCGUGUAUGCCACCAACGCCAUGGGGCGGAGCCUGCCCAGCUACAGCGUUGCCCUGGAAACAGGACCGUGCUGUCCUGCCUCUCUCAAUGUAGAGCAGGUGACACAGGCCAUGUCCCGGGUGACGUGGUCGUCUUCCGUGGGUGCACAGUCUUUCAUUGCGUCCCUGACAUCCUCACGAGGUCAGGCCAGGUGCCACACCAUGGACAUGCACUGCCUGAUGGGAUGCAUCACAUGUGGCACCAACUACAGCGUCUCGCUGGAAGCCAUAAGCAGCACAGGGCAUAAAUCUGAGUGCAGCUAUUAUGGCUUCUCUUCUAGUGCAUGCUGUCCUGCUAACGUGAGGCUGUACAGGACAGUCAACAGCACUCUGCGCAUCUACUGGCGAGCGUCGGGACAGCACUAUAACUACUCGGCUGAUAUUUAUGGCAGCAGAAACAACUACACCUGCAGCCCAGCACUGGGCUACAACUUCUGCAACAUCUCCGACAUACAGUGUGGGGAUCUGUACACUGUGGUGGUUGCCCCGGUAACGAGCAGCGGUCCUAAAGUUGCGUUCUGCCCCAAACGGCUAUACUCAGUUUCCUGUUCUGGUACCAGUGUUGGGUUGGUGCUCUAUCGAGGAAAGAGGAGUGCAGCUAAACAGUCAUCACUGUAA